AUGGGCGGUGACGAUUUAGCUAAGAAUAUUGGACGGUAUAUUUUAAAAGGUGGUGAGGAUGCUGAUAUGGAUGUUGACGUUGAUGUUGAUACUGAUAUGGAUAUGGAUAUCGAUAUCGAUAGUUUCGGGAUUACUAAAUUUGACUAUAGAAAAAUAUUCGAUAAUAAUCAGAAUGUGAGCUAUCGAGAGAUUUUAGAUAAAAUGUUUGAAAUUACGAAUGUAUUGGACUUAGAUAUGGAUCAUAUAAGAUCACAUUAUAGAGAUCAUUCGAAUGAGUGGAAAGAAUUAUUCAUAUUCUUUUGUGUUAUGCCGUUUACCGAAUAUGAAUUCCAGGGUGAUGAUGGAGAUUUACUAAAUCCUGAUACGCUCCGUAGUACUAGUACGAGCGAGGCAACAGAAAACAAUCUAAUUGGUACUUUUGCAGAUAUUGAAUUUGAAUCAUUCAAGCAGGAAAUUCCCGAAGCCAGACUUGCAACUAAUUUGCAGACUAUAUUGAAAACAGACAUAUUCUCAGGAAAGUUUAGUCAAGAUGAAAGCAAAAAUAUAAUUACGAAAUUGCUUGGAGUUUGCUUUAAACUAGACUAUAAAAUUGUGACGGGCAUUGGAUCGAAUGCUGAAAGUACAUACAAAAACAAUUUUAUGAACUAUUUAUUCAGACCCAUAUGCGAAUACACUGCAUCGAUGCUUCGUUUUGAACCACAAGUAGAAGAAGUAAAUGCCAUCGGUCAGGCUGGAGUUCAAACUAGAGUACCGCAUCAAUCCAAAGAUUUAUUCUACUCUUAUCCCGAUAUGGUAGCAUAUGCUGAAAAAGUACAUUACCAGUCUCUAGCUUUAGUUGAAGUCAAAAAAUUACCUAUUUUGAUCUCUAGAAAAAUAUUGGACUUUACAGAUGUAAAAACGAAGAAAUUCAUCAAGCAAGUAGUGGCUGAAAUGUUUUCUAAUCACACAGACAAAGGCAUGCUAACAGAUUCAUACACAACGAUACUAAUUGAAAUGGAUAUCGAGAGAUCUUUGGACAUAAUCGAGCAGAAUGCCGAAUGGAAUGAUGGCAAGCCCAUAGCUCUAAACCAUAAAGUUUUAAAUUGCCAUUCAUCAGGUCUUACUUUAAGGGGUGGGCUCAUUUCAUACAUAUAUGAAGCUUUUGCCGUGAGUGAGACCCGACUAGAUGAAAUUAAGAGAGGAUUGAAUGAGAUUUAUAGGUUUAUCCGCAAGACAGAUGAAGAGUAUUUGUCAUAUUUGGAUGAAAUAGCAUUAAAUAUUGAGGUACCGUUUAGGGAUUAUUGUAUUAAUGCAAUUGAACAUCAUGUAGUAAAAGAUAGAAGACGGCAUAUUUCUGCUAUUGAAAUUGCACUCGGAAGCUUUGACGAAAUCGACGUUCAAUGUGGAUUUACUUUCAAUUCUCAACUUUUCAAGGUGAACAAGGAAGAUAUAGAGGCUUUUUUUAUAAAACCUUUCGAUGGUGACCAAUUCAUUGUAAAGGUCUUCGACCCCAUCAAAGCGAAAAGGGAUCAUAAGAAUUAUAGGACUGAACGAACAGAUACCUACGACACUUGUCGCAAGGCCUAUCUGUGCGAGAAACUGGCAUAUGAGAUUCUAUCAGAUGAAGAGUUGUUCAAUAACGUUUAUGUUGACCAAAAAUAUGUAUUUGGUAAAUUCAAUAUAGGUGAACAUUAUCAUGCGCUAGGGCCAUUUAUCAUAUUAAAAUAUAUAGAGCCCGAAAAAGGAAAAUAUAAAGAGUCUGAAAAAGGAGAACAUAAUCGAUUGCCCAAAGAUAGACGGACAUAUGAGAAGGCCGAAGAGCAAUUGAAAAUCAUUCAUAGUUGUAGAAUACUUCAUGGAGAUAUUUGUGAACGGAAUAUUCUUUAUUCACAAGGCAAUGUCUAUUUUAUUGAUUUUGGGUAUUCAGAUUAUAAUAUUGUUGAGAAAGGUUCCAGACCAGUAACUGCUGACCCAAAGAGUAUGAAUAAUGAACACCGAAAAUUAUGUAGAGUGUUUAAUCAGGAAAUUCCAAAGCAGUAUGAAGAUGAUGAAUGA